AUGACUUUUAGAAAUACUAUUGAAAAUAGAUCAAUUGAAGGUGAAUUAGUUCUUCCAAUGCCUGAAACUGCCACGAUGACUGGUUAUGCAAUGGAAGUUGAUGGAAAACUCAUUGAUGCAGUUCCAGUUGAAAAGGAAAAGGCCAAGGAAGUUUUUGAAAGUGAAGUUAGAGCUGGAAAUAAGGUUUCAAUGGUUGAAAAGGUUGCACAAUCCAAUUGUUUCCGUACUCGUAUUUAUCCAUUACCAUACAAUCAAGAUAAGACAAUUCAAGUCAAGUAUCAAUUAAUGUUGAAUGAGAUUAUCGAAACUCAAAAUGAAAAUGAAACUGGUACAAUUAAGGGCACUGCUUGGUUCCCUGUUACUUAUACAGAUUUCUCAGUAUUAAGAGAAUCCAACAUUGAAUUUACUUUGAAUGAGACAUCAUUGCAAGGAUAUGAAACUAAUUUUACAAUGAAAACUUCAGGAGUUGAAGAAAAGACUAUCUGGUCAAGUAAGAAUGCAAGCAAGAGAGCUGCUUAUUUCAAUGUUACCAAGAGUGAUUUAUCUGACAAAUUGAUUGGUUUUGGUAUUGAAAUUACCAAACAGGCUGAUUCAGUUAAUAAUAUUUUACUUGCAUCAGAAAAUGGUUACUUUAUGACCUCUAUCCCAGUUCCAUCUUUGACCGAAGAAAUGAGAAAUAUGUCUCGUAUUGGAGACAAAAUUCAAAUUGUUUGGGAUUCAUCACUUUCACAAUCUAAUUGUCAUGCAAAGAAUUUACAAUUAUUCAAGGCAAUUUUGGAAGCUUUGAAUCCAAAAGCAAUUUCCUUCUCAACAUUCAGUAAUGCCAUUGUAGAUCAAAAGAAUUUUUCAUCCACUUCAGAUGCUUUGAGUUAUGCUGAAAAGAUUGUUUAUGAUGGUGGUUCUAACAUGCUUGUUUUCGAUCAAAAUUUGAUUGAUGAUAGUUUUGAUUAUUGCAUUGCUUUUACUAAUGGUGUUCACACAAUUGGACAUGAAAUUACCCCAUCAUGCAGCUUUGAAAGACCAAUUUACUUUGUCAACGCCUCAUCUACUGUUAAUAUCAAUCUCUUGAAGCACAUCUCUACCAAGUCUGGUGGUGUUUACCUCAAUGCCAACGAACUUUCACAAGAUCAAAUUUUGAAUGCUAUUGGUAAACCAGUCUUGUCAUUUGUUGUUGCAGAUUUCGAAGAUUCUGAUAUGGAAGAAGUUUAUCCAAACGAACCAGUUUCUUUGAAGGAAGGAGAAAUUUUCAAAUUAUAUGGUAAAAUCAAAAACUCUGGAAAGGAAACAGCUAAGGUUGCUGUAUCUUUCAGAUAUGGUUCAAAGAUUUAUCACAUUCAAGAACUUGAUAUUCCAACAAGUGUUAACAAUGUUCCUGAAGAGGCUGCCAUUCUUCCAACUUUGUGGGCUCAACAAAAGAUUGACUCUCUCUCUGCAUUCCCUCAACUUUUCAAGGAUGAUAUUAAGAAGAUUGGCCAAGAAUUUAGGAUUGUUACUGACAAUACUUCCCUGAUUGUUCUUGAAACUUUGAGUCAAUAUCAAAAACAUGACAUUGUUCCGCCAAAGACUCUCACUGAAGUCUAUAAACAAUUCAUGCAAGUAAAGACAUCUGCACAAGAAGCUAAGGAUAAACAAGAAAAGGAAAAGUUAGAAAGAAUUAUUAGUAUGUGGAAGGAAAGAGUUAAUUGGCAUAAGACUGACUUUAAAUUACCUGAAGAAAAGCCAGAAAAGGAAAAGAAAAAGUUGGCUGCAAUGGAUGACUGUAUUUCUGAAUCUCUCUCUGUACAAUCCUCUAGUUUGGAUAGUUGUUGUAGAUGUGAGGAGAGUAGAGAAUGUUGCAGAGAAUGUUGCAGACGUUCUUGUGCACCAUCUCCAAGUUGUGCUAGAAGUUGUUGUUGUCGUUCUGCUAGUCCUUCUUUGAGUUGUUCAGAUAUCAGUUCAGGUCCACCACCAGCUUUUGGAAGUGCAGGUAGUCCACCACCUCCUUCUGCUAAGUCAGUAGCCUCUCAAGAAGAACCUAGUGUUGCUGGUACCAUUAAGGUUAAAGCAUGGACUCCAGAUGCUGCUUAUUGUACUGCCAUUAGUCAAGCUAAAGAUCCAUAUGAAGAAUAUGUUAAACAAAGAGAAAGUUAUAGAGAUUCUCCAGCUUUCUAUUUGGAUGUUGCUGACUAUUUCCUUUCAUCAGUUAAGAAUAAGGAAAUUGGUGUGAGAAUUCUUACCAACGUUUCAGAGCUUGAAUUGGAAAAUGUUCAACUUUAUCGUAUUGUUGGUUAUAGACUUGAUCAAGCUGAAGAAUUGGAAUUGGCUGAAUGGGUCUUUGAAAGAGUUAAGAGCAUUAAUGGAUUUGAACCUCAAUCAUACAGAGAUCUUGCUCUAGUUAAGGAAAGAAUGGGAAAGCAUGAAGAAGCUAUGGAAUUAUUCAAUAGAGUUAUUGUUGGUAAAUGGGAUCUUCGUUUUGAUGAAAUUGAAAUGACCGUUGCUACAGAGAUGAACCAUCUUUUGCUUAACAAUCCAGAUUUACCAAUCAUUGAUAAGAGAUUGAUUCACAAGUUUGACCUCGAUAUUCGUAUUUCAAUGGCCUGGGACACUGAUAAUGUUGAUAUUGACUUGCACGUUCAAGAGCCAGGAAGACAUGGUGAACAUGCUUAUUAUGCUCACAAUAGAACAAGAAUGGGAGGUUAUGUUUCCAGAGAUUUCAGACAAGGAUAUGGUCCAGAAGAAUACAUGUUAAAGAAAGCUCAAAAAGGUGCUUACAAAGCUACAACAAAUUAUUUCAGUAACCAUUCUCAGAGCUUGACAGGUGGCACAACCAUUUUGUGUACCUUCUUUACAAAUUAUAUGAGACCAAAUGAACAAAGACAAAUGUCAACCAUUAGAUUAUCUUCACAAAAGCAAGACAUUGUCGUUUGUGAAAUUGAUAUUGCUUAA